UAUAUGGUGGCGGGCGGGCGUAACCUCUUACCACUGCUCCCGGAGGCGUCAAGGGCGUCAUGCCCUCUGUCAUGAUCGGAUGGGGAUCCCAAGUUCAGUCCCAUCUUCACUUUGCUCCCCCUCACUGCAGUUUCUCUCCUAUCUGUCGAGAUUUACUAUGUCUCUCUACAGCUAUUCUACUUGAUAUUGUUCUUGGAGCAUCAAAGGCAAUUGCUUUACUGGUUAACAUGUGUAGGAGGGUUUGUGGUUUAGCGUUAUUAUACCUCUGUAAAUACAUGUAUAGGAGGAUUCUUGGAGCUUUGCACAAUCAGUAAGGCCAUCAAAGCUAAUUGCCUUGCUGGUCAACAUGUAUAAGAGGACCCCUGUACAUACAUGUUUGCUCUUUGCUAUAAAAGAAGUCUCCUUUGGUGGAUUGAGAAGAUUGUGACUUUGAAACCUUUUAGAUGUACAGAAAGAAAGCAGAUUGUGGUCAACUGGGAGAACGAUGAGUCUCGGAGGAGGACAAGUGGUGGGCGUAGCUGGUGGUCAAAUUUAUGGUAUGGGGAGAGUGGUUUCACAUAUUGUACUUGUACAGAAAGAGAAAACAUUGUGUUUCUUUUCGGAGGAUAAAUUUUGCCAGCAAUUGUGGUGCUUGCAAGCAGAAAACUUGUUCAUUUAGUUGUCUCACCACUGAUUCUGCUGAAGAUAUAAUUUGUAUUGAGUUAUAUAUAUUGUGCCAAUCCUAACGUUAGUAUAAGCAACCUAACAUGUUGAGUUUACUGCAAUGAAAACAAAAAGAAUUUAAUAUUGUAUACGGUGUUACAUGUCAUAAUAUGUUUAGUUCCUGUUAGUUCUAUUUAUUUGCAUCUUCUGCUUUCCGUCCAUCGAGACAUGCAACACAUGGAGAACCAGAAACUAGGUGCAAUCUGAUGCUCCCUUGGUAGAACCUGCUUUGAGAAAAUAGUACCCAAUGUUCCAAGCUUUCCACUCUCUUUUGGUGACUAUUCUGUGAUUCUUCCUUGGUAAAAUAGUACCCACUUUGAAACCUUUUAGAUCCCCCCUUUCUGCACCACACUCAUCAUGUAGUUUGAUCAGCUUGUGAUAUAUCUUGCAUGUUCGAAACUAUUAUAUUGUAUGAAUACCUAUGCAGGUCAUUAGGUAGAGUUGGAGUUGGUUGUGUUGUACAUAUCUGGUCUUGUAGUUUGAGUGUUUGAUUAAGGUACUGUUGUAUUAAUGCGUUUUUGUUAAUUCUGUAUGGUUGUCUGGUUAAGAAGUCCACUAUGUGCAUGUUCGAUACAAGAUAAUUAUGUCUUAACUAGGAUGACUUAAAAAAAUUCUUUGUAUGAUUAUACGUGCGUUGCACGUGCACGCUUACUAGUUCCGUCAAAGAACACACUCAUUUUAUUUAUCCUGGUCCAAAAUUUAACUCGCUCUUGGUGUCACCGUAGAAAUGCGGUACUACGUGCUACUAAUUGGCUAGGUCCUGAACUUGAUCAAACACCGUUCCCAUUUGCUUGCCCAUGCCAAGAUUCUCACCUAUAAAUACCAACACGGAACAGCUCAAUCUCAGUCAGGAGCAAACCAGCGACGAACUGAGCAUCAAGCAUCGAAAGACAAACCGAUCUUUGCAGGCGACUCAGCAUGGCCACAUCAGGUGAGUUCAGGCGCGUGUUCUCGGCGUUCGACCAGGACGGCGACGGCAAGAUCUCCAUGGCCGAGCUGCGGCUCUGCAUGAAGGCGGCCUUGGGCGGCGACAUGUCGGCCGAGGAGGUGCAGGCCCUGAUGGCGUCCGCAGACGCCGACGGUGACGGGCAGCUGGACGAGGAGGAGUUCGUGAGGCUGGUGCGGGAGGCGGAGGCCGGCCAGGAGGAAGAGGGGGACAGGUGCAGGGAGGCCUUCGGGAUGUACGAGAUGCAAGGGAGGGGCUGCAUCACCCCGCUCAGCCUCAAGCUAAUGAUGAGCAGGCUGGGGCUGCACCUGGACGUCAACGAGUGCCAGGCCAUGAUCCGCCGGUUCGACCUCAACGGCGACGGGGUGCUCACCUUCUACGAGUUCAAGACCAUGAUGAUGAUGGCAUGACAUACAAAAACUGAACUUUGUAUACUUUGUCUGGUUGAUUCUAAUUCGAAAAUUUCUAUC